AUCGCGGCUGCUGUAGCAGAAGGCGGAGGAUGGGAGGAGAGCAUGACUGGUCAUUUGACGUGGAAUAUUUCCGUAAAGACGAUGGAGGAGUAACAGCGUGUAGCUCGAAGAUAUAUCCCUUAUUAACCUAUUAUCCUGACAUCGAGACGGGAUUUGGCCCUGAACCCGGUCAGAUCUGGGUUCACGGGGAGUUGACGGACAGCAGUCUCCAACAGACUGAUCCCUUUCUGUUCCCCCGCCUCCCUCCGCUCAGCCACAAUCAUGAUAAAAGCCAUUUUAAUAUUCAACAACCAUGGGAAACCGAGGCUUUCUAAAUUCUACGAGCAUUAUAAUGAAGACACAGAGCAACAGAUCAUCAGGGAAACCUUCCACUUGGUCUCAAAAAGAGACGAGAACGUCUGUAAUUUCCUAGAAGGUGGAAUGUUGAUUGGAGGAUCAGACUACAAGCUGAUCUACAGACACUACGCCACGCUGUACUUUGUGUUUUGUGUGGACUCCUCAGAGAGUGAACUAGGAAUUUUAGACUUAAUCCAGGUAUUUGUGGAAACGCUGGACAAAUGUUUUGAGAACGUCUGUGAACUUGACUUAAUUUUCCAUGUAGACAAGGUCCACAACAUUCUGGCAGAGAUGGUGAUGGGCGGGAUGGUCCUGGAGACCAACAUGAACGAAAUCAUCACACAGGUGGACGCCCAGAACAAGAUGGAGAAGUCUGAGGCCGGUAUUGCAGGAGCGCCUGCUCGUGCCGUAUCAGCUGUAAAGAACAUGAACCUCCCGGAAAUGCCCAGAAACAUCAACAUUGGUGACAUCAGCAUUAAAGUGCCAAAUUUACCCUCCUUCAAAUAGUGGCAGCAAGAUCCUGAACCUGCAGAUGUCAGCCAAUGUUUACCGCAAUGCAAUCUGUUUACCAAAACCUCAGAUUACUAACUUUUAUCAAAACUAUACAUCUUGAAGGUACUGUGUGAUUUGACACUCCUUGUUCUGGUGUUAUCUCUUUGUUUUCCUAUUAAGAAAAUUAUGUUUUACAUGGGUUUUUUUUUUGUCUGUUGGAUGGAAAAAUGAAGUAUUUAUUUAUCAGUGGUACAUUCCUUCUGCCUCGCUGGGUUUUUCGCCCUUGAAGUUUAGCUGCUACGGUACAGAUCUGUGUCCGUUUGUAACUAUAAUUAUUCCAAUGACUCAAGUGUUUACUUAAAAGAGAAAGCGUGGCAGGUAGUGAAGUUUUGGUUAUGGAAGAUUAGAGAAAUCAAACAAUGGAGGAAAGAGUAUAAAACCAUUUUGAACACCAAAUUGAAACUGGUCUACUACAGUAUUGAAAGUCAUACAUUACAGCUUGUUUGUAAAAUCAGUGCAAACGGUAAAGAAUACUAUUAUAUCACAGAUAUGCUGUGUGACAGAAAUAUGGAUAUAUAAGAUGAACUUAUUUUUUUCUUUUCUUAUUUGUAUGCAAAGUAUUUUUAAAUGAUUUGUCAUGUCUAAUCAAAUAUUUCUCCAUUUUAAUCUGUGCAUGACUGUUUUCUCUUCUUUUUCAACAUAAUAAACUAUCGAAACUCAA